AUGGCUGCAGAAUGGUACUCAUUGGCAGAGGUGCUAGCUGUUGCUAAGUCACACCCUUUCUACAACCCGGACAUUUUAUAUCCCGCAAAUGCAGACAGUGUCCAAGCAAGUCGAAACUCUGUCAUUGGCCAUGAAACCGAACCAAAGCUUCAAGAGCAGCCAUUGCUGGAAAAGAAAACACUGUACAAAGUAAUUGCGCGGCUUACGCAUGAUAAAGAUCCGCGGAAUACUUAUCGACAUAGUUCGUAUAUGAGCAUCACUGGCGGUGGAUCUGGUGGAAUCCCAAUGUUCUUUGCGGUGGACGCGCAUGAGAAUCGUCAGCAAAGAGCUCAAAUGGGUAAAUUCCUCAGGGUAUCCGGUGUCAUCGAGCCUGGAGACGUGGUCUUAUCAGUUCAUACCGCAGGAGACUUCUAUAGGUCUCUCGAUCUCACAACAGAAACAAUGGAAAAUGCCGGAGCUACUGUCCUCAGCGCCGGUUGUUAUAUGCCGACUCCUGAAGUUGCAAAAGCUCUUGCAGACUACCAUGUCAAUGCUCUGACCGGGGAUGGUACCCAGGUCAUUAAUGUAAUUUUUGCUAUUUCGAUGAUGGUGCAAAGUGAUCGGGAUCGUAUCUGUCUUGAUAAGAUCAUUUAUACCUCGGAACCUCUGACCAGUCCGCAAAGAGACUUCGUGAAGACUGUGCUCGGAGAUAUCAAAAUCACAUCUAUCAUCGGUAGCUCUGAGGCAGGGCCUUGGGCAGUCAGCAACCCUGAUUUGACGGGGGAGCAGAGUCUCACCAGUGGAUGCGUUGACUUUGUUUUUGACACCCGUCACGUCUUGCUCGAAAUCCUUCCAUGUUCUGUUUUGGAUGGCGCAUCUUUGUCUGAUAAGACACCGCUUCCUUAUGGAGAGCGGGGUAUCAUUGUGCAGACCUCCCUUCAACGCCUACGUAAUCCACUAGUACGCUACAUCACUGGUGAUGUUGGGUCCCUUCAUCCACUCCCAGAGGGCGCCAAUGCUAGUGUUCCCCAUGCCGAUCGGGUGCAUCUGCGUGUUCUCCGAUUGCAGGGGCGUGAUCAGCGCUUCAGUUUUAAGUGGAAUGGGUGUUACUUUGAGUUUGAUAAGAUCGAGGCCGUCAUGCAGCAGGAUGAAUAUGGUAUUUUGCAAUGGCAAAUUGUUCUUGGCAAGCUAGAGACCUCGCCGCAAGCGACUUUGGAGAUUCGGCUAUUUCGUUGCCCCCCACGGGACGGUAUUCUCUCCAUGGAUGAGCUUAAGGAGCGCUUAGGAGCUUUCUUUGUUUUCUGCUCUCAAAAUGCCCACCUAUCCAGAAUUGUGUUUUUGAAUGACGUCGAUGGGUUUCAACGGAGCACUACUGCCGGAAAAGUCAUCAAGUUUCUGGACCAUUGGAAUUAG